AUCAACAAACCCAAAUCGACAACCGCAAUCGCAACGAGCAAUGGAUGAACAGAAAAUGCAACAACUAUUAGUAUCACAACAACAACCACAACAACAACAACAUCAGCAACAUGAAUGGCUACCAUGCUGCCACAAGCCGUACGAAUCCUCACUGAUGGCAAUCUCAUUGCCGGAAACAAGAACAACCUCGCCCCACUUUGAGUAUGAAGAAUUCAUAGGAAAUAUACCAAGGACUAGGCCUAGAACAACAACAGCAAUCGACAACACUGCAACAACAACGCCAAGAACAACAAGGCAACAUGAAAAUGAAGCAAUGAUAUUAAGUGUACCAAUUAUAAUAACAACACCAGUAGCUAUUAAAAAGAUCUAUUCGGAUAAUGACAUUAAUUAUAAUGCUAUAUUCGAUGUACAUGAUGAUUGGAUAGAAACAGCAGGAGCAGCAUCUGCUGUCCAUCAUUAUCACACGCCAGAAGAACAGCCACAGCAAUCACAGCAGCAGCAGCAACAUCACCCGCACCAUCCGCUGUAUUCGUAUCACACGCUAUAAGGAAAAGGGGUUGUUGAUGAUGAUGAUGAUGAUGAUGAUGAACAGGAGCCAGAACCAGAAACCGCUGAAAGUGUAACUUUAAUUGUAACUGAAACUGAAAUGAGAUGUAAAAAGUACGAGAGAUCAAGGAAUAUGAAAAUAGGAGAUCGCUAAGAGGAGUAAGAGGAGGUUAGGGAAGAUGAAUAAGAGUAUAUAAAUAGGUAUAGGAAUAGCAAAAAACUCAAUGUCAGAUAUGAAUGAUAAUGAUAUGAUGAUAUGAUAUGAUAGAGUGUAUUUUAUUGUACUAAAUUGCCUAAGAGAAAAACAACCAGCAAAAGGGAACUAUAUUUCAAAAGCAGCAGAACAUACUUAGAUUGUAGGUCUACAACAUACAUACAUAGGUAGUAAAUAUUGUAGGAUACUCGUCGCAUACAUUAUACAUUGUAGGUUUAUCUAGGACUUAGCUCGAUGAAUCUGUAAUCUGCAAGCGUUUUUGUCUUGUUUGUAUUUAAAGUUAGUAAUUCAAUUAUGUACAUUUAUGCAGAAUGCAAAAAUUAUAUAUUUAUUCUCCCUGUACAUACAAGUAAAAUGUAGAUAUCCAAUUUUUUUGUAUGUAAUGUAUUUACCUACGACUACGAUUAUACAACACACACACACAUACUUACAAACUUUUGACCGAGACGGACACAGGAAACGUAAACGAAAGCCCAGAAAAGAAAACCAAAUACUUCAACUUUAAUAGCAAACAACUACAAAUGAAUGCGCAUUUUGAAUACCUAAGGAUUUUCUCAUUCAUUCGUGUAUAUUCUCUCUCUAUCCCUCUUUUGAUUAAUCGAACAUAAACCUUAAAACUAAAAAGCUAAAAUAAUAACGAGUACUAAUAGUAAUGCAAGAUCAAAACCCAAUACAAUACCAAUAUACAAUAUAGACAGCCUCUCAAUCAUACGACCAGCUGCAUGCAUACGUAUCUAUGUAAAUUAUAGUCUGUGUCUGUACAGACUUUGAGGACGGUAGCGGAACUAUUAAAACACCUGAAACAACAAUCAACAUCAUUUUCAUUUUCAUUUGCAUUCAGAAAACUUACUUUAAAUUAAGGAAGCUUUAAACUGUUUCCGAUUCGUUCUAAGAACAAAGUCUGUACAUGAUGAUGCGAGGUGUAAGCUAUAGUGUAAAUGAUGAAUCAUACCUGAUAGAUAUUCUCAUUUAAAUAUACAUACGAUAUCGCCUAUCUAAUCUUGCCUUUUAUGAGCAAAAAGCCUUAAUACAUUGCCAUUUUAUUAUUCGAAAAAUAUGAAUCUGCUUUCAAUUUGUUUCGGAUUAUAUCAGGAGCGACAUUAACGUUCAUAUGUAGAUACCAGUAUCCGUAUACCUCUCCAGCUCUCAUGCAAAAAUGAAAUGUGAAUCUCAUGCACACACACAAACACUUCAUCACUCCCUUCUUACUCACUCGGAAUCGAAAUCGAAAUCGAAAUCGGAAUCACAUGAACGCAGACACAGCAGAUCGUUUAUCAAGGCAUAAGACAUCAAAUGAUUGACUAAUAAGAUCCUAAAUCAAAAAAAAAACCAGUUAGUGUUUAGAUAGACGACGAAUCAUGGGGUUAUAUUAGGAACAUGACGACGGGAUAUCGAAGAGCGCACAAAUAUUGUAAUUAAUAAAAACAAAAGUGAAUCCAUAACUUAAGUAAAUAAUUAUAACCGCUGAGCAGUUAUGCGAAUUUACACAGCAAAAUGUACUUACGAUAACGAAUACGAAUACGAUUAUGAUGUAUGAUUAUGAUUAUGAUUAUGAUUAUGAUUACGAUUAAUGGAGAGUAGUAGGGUUUUAGGAGAGCGGCAUACAGAGCAGCGCAGAGGGUGACAUUAAAGACGAGACAACCAAGCAAGAAGCAAACACCAAACCGAAACCAACUUAGCCAUGUUCACUACAGCAAUGUACUAUAAAAUAAUUAUACAUAUUUACGAGUAAUAAAACUUAGCAAUACGGAAAAUACCGACAAAACCAAACAAAAAACUGGAAAACCGAAUACAGCAAAACUGACAAAUAGAAGUGCAUACAUUUUUAAUAAUUAUAUUAUCUUACGGAUACAUACAACAACAACAACAACAACAACAAAAC